CUUUGAAUGUUUGAAUGCAGUCAUUUAAAUUAACUUCUAUUUAUUUCGUCACUUGCUCAAACAAACUUAUAAAAAGAACAAAAAUUGGUGUCUGCUCAGACUCUAAGAACCUUCUGCUGUUGCGAUAUUCCUGUAUUUCGAUUUCAUAAUUUUGAAAUUUUUUAAUUAUGAAUGGAUACGAUGGAAAGAUGUAUAAUGGAUCACAACAAUACGGAUCAGCCAGGAUGAUGCCGCCUGUCUCAGCUGGUGUUCCACCUUAUUCUGGUGUGCAUGGGCAACCCAUGAUGAACCCGCCAGGUCGCCCAGGACCUGAUGGGAAUAUGAUGAUGAAUUCACAAAAUGUAUACAAUGCAAAAAGUCAAUUUCCCCAGCAACCUCCGAUUGAAAAUCAAAUGCGAAAUGUUCAACUAAACGACCAUAAUGCUCCUAUGCCAACCUCCACUCAGAACAGUCAUCAUCCACCAAGCUCCUAUGGUAAUGCUCCACCUAUGUCUGGCCCAUCUGGAACAACAUACAAUCAUACAUCACAGUACCAACCGCAACCUCAAUACGGGGCUCCACCUAUACAACCAAACAGAAAUCCACCGACUUCCUACGUUCAAGGCCCUCCAUCGGGACCUCAUGCACCUAACUACUCUCAGCCCCCAACAAUGAAUAGAGCACCAGGUCCCGGUAUGAUCCCGCCACCUUCUUCUGGCAUGGGUGGUAUUGCCCCAAGGAUGGGACAACCACCCGUAUCCAGUAUGGGGCCACCUGGACCUGGAAUGGGUCCACCUGGACCUGGAAUGGGUCAACCACCAGUAUCGAGCAUGGGGCCACCAGGUCCCGGUAUGGGUCAACCUCCAGUCUCUCGGAUGGGACCUCCUGGUCCAAAUAUGGGCCAACCUCCAGCACCUGGUAUGGGUCACCUGGGACCAGGUAUGUUACCUCCAACAUCAAAUCAAAAAAUGGGCCAACCGCUUGGUCCUGGCAUGGCUCAGCCACCUGGCAUUAUGGGUCAACCUCCUGGACCACAAAUGGUUCAGCCACCAGGAAUGAUGGGUGGAUCGGGUCCUCAAAUGGAUGGAAGAAUGCAGCCUCCAGGUUCAGGUCAAUAUGGAUCUCAGGCACCUCAGCCCAGAAGGUUGGAUCCAGAUGCAAUGCCAAGUCCUAUCCAGGUCUUAAGUGCAGAUCAAGCAAAAUCUACAGAACCUUUCCGCACUGAUAACCCAGGAUUGGUUCCACCUCUCGUUACUAGUAAAUUCGUCGCUGAAGAUUGUGGAAGUGCCAGUCCACGAUAUAUAAGAUGUGCUACCUACAAUCUUCCUGCUACAUCCGACAUUGCAAAAACAUGCCAGGUACCUAUGGCACUAUCAAUUAAAGCAAUGGCCAAACUACCACAAGGAGAAGCACCUGCUCUCAUUGUUAACCCUGGACCUGAAGGACCAAUUCGUUGCAAGAGAUGUAAAGCAUACAUGUGUCCACAAUUUAAAUUUCAUGAUGGAGGCAGAAGAUUUCAAUGUGUCAUGUGCAGCGCUGUAACUGAUACUCCACAUCAUUUUUUCGAUCACGUUGAUCAUAUGAAUCAAAGAGUAGAUAAAUAUCAAAGACCUGAACUUUGUCGAGGAUCAUAUGAAUUUAUCACGACAAAAGAUUACUGCAGGAAUGAUGAAUUUCCAAAUCCUCCUGCCUAUAUAUUUGCUAUUGAUGUUUCAUAUAAUGCAAUUAAAUGUGGAUUGGUGGAACUUCUAUGCAACAGAAUAAAAGAUCUGCUGGAUAAUUUACCAUGUGAUGUAGGAGCGGAAGAGACGAGCAUUCGUGUCGCUUUCUUUACUUAUAAUAACAGUCUUCAUUUUUAUAAUUUGAAGAGUACUCUUGCACAGCCACAAAUGCUUGUUGUCUCUGAUGUGUCUGAUGUAUUUGUUCCUCUUCAAGAUGGAUUCCUCGUCAGUGUGAAAGAAUCAAGACAUGUUAUAAACAGUCUACUUGAUCAAAUACCUGAAAUGUUUGCUGACACCAGAGAUACAGAAGUUGUCUUAGCACCUGUUAUACAAGCUGCUGUGCAGGCCUUGAAGUCUGCUAAAUGUCCUGGAAAAUUGUUUUUGUUUUUGACGUCGCUGCCUACUGCUGAAGCUCCAGGAAAAUUGAAAACUCGAGAUGACAGGAAGUUGAUUGGAACUGACAAAGCAAAGGUUCUAUUUGCUCCGGCUGGUAAUGUUUACAGCAAUUUAGCGAAAGAAUGUGUGGCCCAAGCAUGUUGCGUCGAUCUAUUUUUGUUCCCGAACCAAUACAUCGACAUUGCUACCAUUGGACAGGUUGCCCAGGCAACUGGCGGUGAUAUAUUCAAGUAUAAUUUCUUCCGACCAGAAGUUGACGGUGAAAGAUUUAUAAAGAAUCUUGCUUACGAUAUUGAACGUGAUAUUGUUUUCGACGCUAUAUUGAGAGUAAGAACCAGUGCUGGUAUACGUGCUGUAAACUUUGUUGGAGCUUUGAGUAUGUCUAAUACUACCGAUGUUGAAUUAGCUGGAUUGGAUUGUGACAAAGCUAUCUGCGUUGAAAUAAAACAUGACGACAAAAUAAGUGAAGAUUUGGGGGCUUUUGUUCAAGUUGCUGUUUUGUUCACUUCUGUCGGAGGACAACGUCGUCUACGAGUUCACAAUCUUCAUCUUGCUGUCUGUAACCAAAUAGGUGAUUUAUACAGAAGUUGUGAAGCCGAUGUCCUCAUCAACUACAUUGCCAAAACAGCCAUCAAGGCUGGUCUGACUGAUCAAGAAAGUAAAAUUCGAGAAGAAUUGGUGACAAGAGUAGCAAACAUACUUGCAGCUUAUCGUAAACACUGUGCUACUCCGUCAUCCGCUGGACAACUCAUUUUACCAGAAUGUAUGAAACUUCUGCCUGUGUAUCUAAACAGUGUACUGAAGAACGAUGCGAUUCAUUCAUCGCAUGAAAUAUCUACAGAUGAUAAAGCAUACCUACGUCAGCUUAUUACUGGAAUGGAUGUCGCAGAAUCACAAGUGUAUUUCUACCCAAGGCUUUUCCCAGUGCGUCAAUUUACGCCUCCUAAUCUACCGACACCAGUACGAUGUUCAGAAGAACGCCUGGAUGACAGUGAAGCAUAUCUGCUAGAUAACGGACUCAGUUUCUUCCUGUGGAUUGGAAACGCUAUCGACCCUGAAUGGGUUAGGAGUGUGUUUGGAGUGCAAAGCACUGCACAGAUAGACAUUGAUUUGGGAAAUCUUCACCCAUUCGACAAUCCAUCAUCUCAACAAUUACGUGAUUUGAUGGAUCUUAUCCAAAGCGGGAGAACUCGUCGCAUGAAGCUUGCCAUUAUUCGCCAGAGAGACAAAUUGGAACCAUGGUUUAAACAUUUCCUUGUUGAAGAUCGUGGCAUGGGAGGAGGUGCUUCUUAUGUUGACUUUUUGUGCCAUAUACAUAAAGAAAUCCGUUCAAUUUUGGCUUAAGAAGAUUUGCAACCUUAGAAAACGAAGACUCGAAAAAAUUGAGAGCAAACUUGUACAUUUGCGUAUAGAUGCCAAGUUAUAGAUAUAAAUUAUAUUCGUAUGUUUAUGAGAGAGUAAUAGAGAGAGGAAUGAAUUAAUUCUGUAUUUGAGGUUUUUUCAAGGAAUAUGCUUCAAAUAGAUAUUUAUAAAAAUGUUUGAAAAUCGUUUUUAGAUAAUAAAAAGAUUUUUGGUUUAUUUGUAAUUCCAAAUUCUAUCAGACCAUUUCGAUUCUGGAUUUGAAUUUUUGGGCCUAUCCUGCUCUAAUUUUAUGGUCAAAUAUGAUGGUUUGAGAAGCUGAAUAACUCAUACUCGAUAUCUUAGUAGACGUUUGGAUGUAUCAACAAUUGAAAGAGUAUCUGUGUUGCACUCCAUGAAAGUAUUCGAUUAUACUCAGAGUGAGUAUGAGCGAUAUACUCUCUAAAAAAAUGAUAAGGAAUAUGGAUCAAAACUCUUUCUGCACUAGUUGGCUCUAUUAGCAAUUGAGAGAGUAUUUGAGUUAGACUCUGAGUCAGUAUGAGAGUUAUAUUCUUUAAAAAAUGAUAAAGAACACGGGUCAAUGCUUUUUUCUGCAUUGUCAGUUUCGAAAUACUGUAGCAUUGUUUGACUCUAUCAACAAUUUAGAGUUAUACUAUCGUAUAUUGCCUACUACAUCAAUUCACAUGUGUGCCAUUAAUUAUAAGUGGUAUUGAAGCUUGGUCCGUGUAUGGUAACAUUACUUCUUACCAGCACUGAACAUAAUUGGUUAUGAUUGAAAAAUGCCAAAACUAUUUCAAGGAAUUUUUUAAUAAAGUGGGAUUUCAGUGAACUGUGCCUAAAAUGUGACACCGAGGCAUGUUUUAUCAUUAGUUCAUGCUUUACACAAGGAAAUGUGGACUUGAGAAAAGAACAUUUUAUGUAUGUUAAUUUCAGCUUUCGCUAUUCUGGCAUAAAAAAAACUAUUGUAAAUACAUUGAUAAUUUAUUUUUGUGUUUUUGAAACAUUAAUCAUAAAAGGGAGAGAAUGGAUGAUAGAAGUGUUCGUUAAAGAUAUAAUAUUUUUUUCGCAUUAGUUUCACUUCAAAGUUUUUCAACUGGUAGUACUUUAUUAAAUGCACCCGAAGAAAACUGGAAUUUAAGUAAACUAGUUGUAGCAAAGAAUUUGAUUUUGUUAUGAAUAUUUUCGAUUUGUGUUUGAUAUUUGCAAAAUUUGACUAAAAACUGGGCCACUUGAACUAAAUUUAAAUAUUUUUCGACAAAAAAACACUUAAAAUGGCAGUGCCGGAUUUUUUUCACCAAAAUAAUUUUUUUUUUUGUUAUUUUCUUGAUACGAUCUUAUUUAUUCUGAUUAUACUUCAACAAGGAAUAAGUUUAGGCUUUCAGAAUGAUACCAUGCUUGUUCAAGUAUAAUCAGACAUAAAUAAAUUCAGAUUAAGUUAGUUUGGGUGUUUUAGAUUGUUGUCGGGGAAUGGCUGCUAUUUGUAGAGAAUCUUUACUGCUUUGUGCAAUGUUUUGCGACUUGUAAUUAAGGAUUCGCAAACUUAAUGCAUAUUGUUAUUUUGCGCCAUUUUGUUGUCAGCUCGAAACAGUUAGUUGUUGAUAGAAUUGUUUGUUGUUUAUAAAAAGUGUCACUAAAAUAUCUUAUCUAUCUAUUGCUAUGAAAAUAAUAUGAUAUGUGUAUAAACAAAGUCGCUGAAGAUAUAA